AUGAGUAUCGGAGAAGAAGAAGGCAAAGGGAGCUCCAGGAAGCGUGGGCGUGAGCCGGAAAGUGCAUUCCGGGGAGUGCGCAAACGCAGCUGGGGACGCUACGUCUCGGAAAUACGGUUGCCGGGCCAGAAAACCCGGAUAUGGCUGGGCUCAUUCGGGUCCGCUGAGAUGGCAGCGCGGGCUUAUGACUCCGCCGCUUUUUUCUUGAAAGGAGCCUCUGCCAGCCUUAAUUUCCCCGACCUCGUCCACUCCCUCCCUCGCCCUCUCUCCUCCUCCCGGAGAGACAUACAAUCCGCCGCCGCUGAAGCCGCUCUCCACCCUCCCUCCGCCAAUACCGUACCGGAGAUCGAUCGGUGGUGGGACCAUUUGGGAGACGAAUCCAGCAUUUCGGCGACGUCGUUUGAGGAUGUGAAGGAAGCCCCUCUGAUGAGCCCCUUGAGGGUGGACUCCACUUUUGGAGAUUUCUCAUGGAAUCAGCUCUUUGAUUUCAACCAUGAUGACAUUCUCAACAUCCCCUCUUCUCUCUAA